AAGACCCCGCAAAACCCCUCAGGAACACCACCGUGUCGUAUUGAUAGCGCAGCUAGGGCACAAGAUAGGGGCUUGCUCGUAGGAGCAGCGGUUGCUGGGCCUGGCACGCGUAGAGCCAGCUUCGAGAAGGCAGCAGCGUUGCCGCACAGCCGCCCUAGGAUAGGAAAGCCUCCCUCAUCGCAUGCACAAGGGCUCAUUAGGCGCCAUCGCAACACAGACGCCUAAGCUCCGAAAACCGGUCCCUACAGGGAGCUUCGAAACGGCAGCCUUGGCUGUUGAGCAGCAUUGGAUAUUACUAAGCGGGCAGCGGGAUGAGGAGCGGGGGGUCGGCCGCCAAGGGCAGUCGAGCCAAGUCGAAUUGGCCUGAAAGCUCGAACGCGCUUCAGAAUCUUGUCCCUCGGAAGCGCGACGAGCCGUCCCCGUUCUCCCCCUGGCUCGCCCGCGCGCUGCUGUUCCUUCCCGGCUUUGCAACUGGCUUCAUUCUCGGCCGCCUCCUGGGGGGAAGUGGAAAGGGCGGAGAGGGGAAGAAGAGGGAGCUGAAGGCGGGGGGAGGGGGGAGCAGUAGCGGACGGAAGGGGAGUGCCAGCGCGGGGGGGAGGUCCGCGCCAGUGUUUGGGGGGAAGGCGGAGACAGAGGGGGCGGGGGGGCUGGUGGUGGGGCGGGGGAGUGAGCUGAAGAUGGUGCUGGUGGUGCGACAGGACCUCAAAAUGGGGUCUGGGAAGGUCGCCGCCCAAUGUGCUCAUGCGGCAGUAGGCGUUCUCACAGACCUCCAAUCAAGCAACAAGUCCCUGCUGCGGCAUUACGAGGCGUGCGGGCAGCCAAAAAUAGUGGUCACCUGCAGCAACCUCAAGGAGAUGAACGAGUUGAGAGGGAAGGCGCAGCAGCACCGGCUGCCGGUCUACACUGUCUGCGAUGCUGGCAGGACUCAGGUGGCAGCAGGCUCCAAGACAGUCCUUGCUGUGGGGCCAGGGCCCAAAGCACUUGUAGAUUCAGUAACAGGCAAUCAGCGUUUGUUGUGAGCAGCACAGCACAGCAUGUGCCUUGUGAUAGUAACACCACAGCAUCUGACUUUCCUACGAAGUUGUCAAAUCAGCCGCUUGGUCUGGAAGAACGUAUAUUACAAAACUGAAAGAAAGGUAAAUGUUGUUAAUGUUAGAAGAAAAACUGAAUAAGUGUUGAAUAGAGAGAGAGAGAACAAGGGUAUAUACCUAAGAGUGUUGUACCCUCUAAGAGGUGACCCUAUGCAGUCUAUAC